CUCUAUAGCAUUCAUGCAAAUAAUGUCAUUGAUUUGAACAUAUUUUACAUUUACGGACAUGUCAAGUCAGAGUUUUUUCAAGGAAUUAGCCAUCGAGAAAAAGAAAUUACCCUACAUUGCCCCUUUCGAAGUUGUAGUCCAUAAUAAAGCUACAGACUGUUGGGUAUCAGUUCUAGGUAAAGUGUUUGAUAUAACACCACUGAUAAAGCAGUAUGAAGGACAAGCCUGUGUGAAACCCCUGAUAGCUCUAGCAGGCAAGGACCUGAGCCACUGGUUUGACGCGAAAACAGGAGCAAUCCGCCACAGAAUCCACCCAGUAACUGGGGUUUUAACACCGUACUGUCCAAAUGGGGCUUUUCCAGACGUCCAGUGUCAAGUUCCCGACUCUGAAUGGAGAGCCAUCAAUGGACCCCCAUGGUGGGACAGACCUCAAUACCAAAUCGGCAUUUUAACGAAGCGUGUUAGAUCCUUGAAGAUAAUAAACAUGCUGACAUUUCACGAGGUGCAAAUCAACGUAUGUUGCGAAGAUACUUUCAGAAGAAUACAGGAGCGGUAUUCAAUCUUCAACAAGGAUCCCGAUAGCUACGCUUGGAGAUAUUUCGAUAAAGAAAUCGAUUUGGACAAGACAAUGGAUGAAAAUGGUAUAAUAGACGACCGGGAUAAAUUUACCGAGUAUGGCAUGCCGCAAAAUUUCUACGUUCCUGUUGUGUUUCUUUUCUAUAAGGAUGAUUUGAAAUAUUCCCAAGGCGAGGAGGAGAAGUUCACUUACUACGAGGACCUUUCGGAUGAUAAGAUUUCCGGCAUAGGGCAAGGAGUGCCAUACAGAUUUCUCACUCCAACAUUUCAAUCGAUCGACCCCUGUAUUUGUGAUGAGGAUGAGGAAGAAGCACAUGCUGACGAUUUUAAAGCAUAUUUGAAGAGCUUGGCUCUUCAGGACACCAGUGAGGCAAACAAGGAUGUUUUGGAUUUAUAAGACUUAUCCACAAAUGUGAAGUAUCAAAAGGAAGUACGAAAAAACAGCAUUUUUUUGCCCCUAUUUAUCCGUAAAAAAUGCUUCAAUCGAAGAUCCGACUGAUAUGUUGAUUCCUAAUAAAUAUUGAGAACUUC